AUGUCUGCCGCCACGCUCGACCGCGAGCGAUGGAAGAACGCCGAUACUGUGCUCCUCGACAUUGCCUCCGACUCAUGGAAUGACCCAGCCUUCCAGGACCUUAUUGUGGGGUUCCCAGAAGAGACACGGCCAGAUGCCGAGACGCUCAUUUCGCACGUCGAAGAUCUGACGCAGAGGGAUAUCAAGGCAGUGUACUUGAAGCACCUGCAAGGCAUCCUCUGGAAGACCGGUUAUAGCAAUGGCGACCUCAAAACCCCGCUCUUUGACGAUGUCACCCCAACACUGGAGUCUUGGAAAGAUGCCGGCAAAACACUCGCCAUAUUCUCUUCUGGUAGCGUUCAGGCUCAGCUCCAGUUCUUCUCAUAUGUUGAAUGUGGAUCAAGUACGCAGAAUCUCAACCCUCUCUUUUCUGCGAACUUCGACACCGUGACCGCGGGCUCAAAGCUAGAGAAAGACUCAUAUGAGAAUAUCUGCCUCAAAAUUGGGAAAGAAGCUGCAAAGGUUGUCUUUCUCACCGACAACGUUAAAGAGGCAUUAGCCGCUACUGCUGCCGGUAUCUACACCAUCCUCACCGACCGCCCCGGCAAUGCACCUCUUUCUGCCGAAAUAAAAGAGGAGUUUGCGGUCAUUCGGAAGCUGACGGACUUGCCGUAG